AACGCUCAGGACUCAGAUGGACUACAUUAUAAUACUGAAAAACACUGGUAAACAAGAAUAAUGGACAACCGGAAUGUGCUAAAUAAUGCCUCCAAUGACAUCACCCCGGUUUUACGGCUGUUAAUCGUAGGCCAAAAAAGAACAGGAAGAAGUUCGGUGGCCAACACAAUUUUGGGCAAGGAAGCAUUCAAUACAUGGGGUGGAGCGGAGAGUGCUGUAGCACAUGGAGAAUCUGAAGGCAGACACCUGAUGGUUGUAGACUCCUGCGGAUGGGGCUCUGACGAGAACCUGGUCCCCAAACAGGAGAAACUGGAACUAUUUAAUGCCCUCUCACUAUGUGAGCCCGGACCCCACGUCCUGCUUCUAGUCGUUCCUCUUCUGCACUUCAGCCACUCUGAAAGAGCUGCUCUUAGGAAACGUAUGGAGAUCCUCACAGAGGGUGUAUGGCGUCAUACUAUGGUUGUAUUUACAUUGGGUGACCGUCUGCGUGACAGCAUACAGGACUACAUUCAGGCAUCUGGGUCAGACCUCCAGUGGCUGAUGGAGAAGUGCAGGUACAGGUAUCAUGUUCUGAACAAUAAAGCACCGCAGAACAGACAACAGGUAUGCAGUCUGCUGGAUCGGGCGGAGGACAUGCUAAUGGAGAACGGAGGAUGGCACUUCUCCUUACAUAUGUACUGCAGGAUGGAGGAGGAGUGGAAUCGAAGAGAAAGGGAAAUGAGAGAGAGGAUUCUGGAGAGGCAAACCAGUCGAGGACUCGCUGUCGUUCCUAAUCACAGUCGACAAGGUGGCCUGCAUGUGAACGAUACGCUACUGAAAUUAGUUUCCCAUGGAUAAACCCUGGAUACAGGACAUUAUUCUUUCAGCAUGAACUCAUAGCGAACUGUAAAUAUGUCACAGUCAGAAAUGGUUGUAAAGUUUAAUUAAUGUUUGAUGACUAAAUUGGGGGAGAUAUAAGGCUUCAGUCAAGGAGUCUUAUGUUAACAUUUCACCCAUAGUUAACAAACAACAUACAAACAGGGACGGAAAAACCCAGCUGAAUCUGUAUGUAUAUAACCAGUCACAGAGAUUAAAUGAACAAUAUUAUUGUAAAUGUUAUUUAUAGGGCCUUACGAAAGAUUUAUUUUAAAAUUGUAUUUAUUUAUUUUUUUCAAAUUUCUUUUUCUUCUUAUUAAUACAUUUUAGUAAUCAAAAAGCUUAGUUAAUUCAAGAACCUUAUUCAGUCUAACAAGUUUUUAAGAAUGUAAUGAACACGUUUUUGUAGGAAACCCUAUGAUCUGUCACGAUUUCUAUAAGAAAUUCUGACUUAUUUUGAUGGGUUGCUGUAAAAGUGCUUGAGUUUCUCCAUGUAAAUGAUAUCCUCAAAUUAAAACAGCAAAAUAUUUUACAAGUUGGUUUGACUUAAUAAUCUCAAACAUUUGUUUAAUUUGACAUUGGUAAAGCGACACUACUUUUGAUUCAUUCAACCGAGCUUUCCAAAUUACAUUUCUAUGACUGAUUUUCACUAUUGAACUUACACUCACCGGCCACUUUAUUAGGUACCUGUUCAACUGCUCGUUAAUGCAAAUUUCUAUUCAGCCAAUCACAUGGCAGCAACUCAUAGGAUUUAGGCAUGUAGACAUGGUCAAGACGAUUUGCUGCAGUUCAAACCGAGCAUCAGAAUGGGGAAGAAAGGUGAUUUAAGUGACUUUGAACAUGGAAUGGUUGGUGGUGCCAGACAGGCUGAUCAGAGUAUUUCAGAUACUGCUCAUCUAUUGGGAUUUUCACGCACAACCAUCAAAUACUCAAAUAACUUAAAAUAAACAGCCAAGGUAUGCAGUAGGGUAUCUCUGAACGCAUAACACAUUGAACCUUGCAGGAGAUGGGCUACAGCAGCAGAAGACCACAACGGGUGCCACUCCUGUCAGCUAAGUACAGGAAAGCGAGGCUACAAUUCACACAGGUUCACCAAAAUUGGACAAUAAAAGAUUGCAAAAAAGU